CCAAACCAUUUGCCAAUCCAUUCUUUGAUCACAGACACAUGAAAAGCGGAACUACGAGUGAUAUACCGCUCUGGCGUACUCUUACGAGCGAAAUCUAUGAUGACGCUUUGCUUGAUCGUGUACGAAGGAAAAUCUUUAGCAAAGAGCUACCAUUCCGGAGGAUCCCGAAAUGGCCGUUCGCAUAUGCCAGGGGAAUAUCGGGAUCCCAUAAAGCGACUCCCAUGGAACUCCCCAUGGAAGAUUUUGACGAUAGCGAAGCAGUGGAGCAAGGUUGCACCUACGAACUUGCAAGGAGCUAUAAGCUAUUCAACGAUGCGAUCGACAACAUAGUCAGAGAUGUAAACAGCGAAUGUCGUAGAGCUAGUAAGCGACGAAGAUGGCAUUGUGGUAAAGAAUCAGACAAACGACGAAAAUCAGAAAAAGCUACCGAGUCAAAAGCAACUGUCGAUGGAGACGAGAUAGCAGAUACAGAGGUCAUGUCAAACUUGGAUUCUACGGAUGAGGAAGAAUACCCUGUGGGUGUACCCGAAGAUGCAUCUCUUUCAAAUAUAUCGAGGCUAUGCUUACAUUCCUAUUUUGCCAUGCUUGAUGAUAUUGCUUUAUUCGAUGAAGCAAUGGGUCAUCACCAACCUAAAAUAAGUUGGAAAGCAGUAUUGUCCAGUGCGUUAGCAACUGGUAUACCUGCAGUUGUCGUGGAUUCUGUCCGGAAAAGAAUGGAAAAUCUGAGCAAAGAUAAAUAUCCAGAGAUCUGUGAUGUAUACCAAAAGCAUCAGCAAGAGUCCAAUCCAUUGCCGAUGUUUACCGAAGCGCGCACUCCCGAAAUCGCAGAAAUCGAAAAGCAAACAAAAACAGCGGCGCCGCCGUGGAUAUCUGAGCUAUUAAGCAAAUCACCGGAAGAGCAAAGAAAAUUGAUUUGGGACAUUGAAGCCAAUUAUCUUGCUAAACAUUUUUGUCCUUGAACAAGGACAAAACCUGUUGCAGAUCCUCACUUCUUAUUAAAUCCAAUCCUUUUCACACCCACAUUCCUACAUCAACCACCCCCAUCGUUUUUCAUCAAAGUAAAGCGAAAACCAUCC